AUGGUUAAAACAGAAGAGGCUGUUUGUGCCGAAAAUUGUGGCAGUCGUUGCGGUCGGCGCAGAUCAGGCAAAACUCCUGUAAGGUACAGAUUCAAUUUCAUGAAGCAUAUGAACCUCCGCCAAUCAAACUAUGAGGCCAUCACUUCUAUGCCAUAUUUGGCUGAUAAGUAUGGCGAAAAAUGUGCCCACAACAUCAUCUUGUUCGUCAAGUGCAUUCAUAAACAAAUUAACAGCGGAGUUAACAUCAUCAGCGACAUGCAGGCCAGGAGUAUACUCCCGUGGACUAAAGUAAGGUUAUUUCUGCUGCUGGUUACACUCUCGCAACGGGGUGGUGCAGACUAUUGGCUCGAUAAGGAGGGCGAAAUCAGAGAGCAACCCAAAACCAAAGUAAAAGAAAAAGAUCCGAAGACGUCGAAGGAACCACAUUUGGUACAGCCAUAUGGCACGCUGAUAGAGGAAAUUAUGCGUCAGAACAUUAACGAAAAUUUCAGUGAAGCUCAACAUGACGAGAACUACGUAUUCAGCUCGAUAUGGGCCAACUUCAUGGAAGGUCUUAUCAACCAUUUUUUGGAAAAGGUGAUUAUACCGAAUAGCGAAAAGAAAGUAUGCCAACAGUUGUACAAACCGAUGAUGAAGAUAAUAUCACUUUACAACGAAUAUAAUGAACUUAUGGAAAAGAGUGAAAGAAAUGGCUUCUUGCCAGCCAACCGGGAACCGCCAGCGUCGCUGACGGAUUCCGAAGAUCCUACUGAAAGUGGAAAACUGCAAACAGCUCAGCGUCUUUUAUGGCAAGCACGCCAAGAUAUUCCAAAGACCAUUAGCAAAGAGUUAACGCUAUUGUCAGAGAUGUACGCUACGCUCUCAGCAGACGAGCAGGAUUUUGAAUUGGACGAGUUUGUCUGUAGCGCAGAAGAAUACAUUGAGCUCGAGUACUUGCCGUGUUUAAUUGAUGUUCUUUUCGCUAACUGCGGAACCCUGCAUUUCUGGAAGAUUAUGAUAGUCCUAGAGCCAUUUUUCUACUAUAUCGAGGAAAUAGUGGACGAAGAUAGCUCCAGUUUUCAGGAGGAUUCCAAUAAACCCGAUCCAAGAGUUGUCACACUGGAGAAAAUUUGUCAAGUUGCAGCAGAACAAGAUUGGAUAUAA